AUGCAACUAGCCCUUCAGAAAGCUGAAAAGACCAAGGUCAUAGCUUCUUGUACUAUUCCAAUUGAAACAUCUGCUCAAGAUCGAUUGGCCUACAUUUUCGGAUCGGAAGUCAAAGAGACUCACCUCCGCUUCUCCAGUAACGCAACUCCUACCAAGAAUGCAAAAGACUUGAUAAAGGUUCAAGAGGGUAAGGACCGGCAUCGUGAUUACGAGAGUGAACACUUCAUAGUCACUCAACCGCAAUUCGGAUACUCUUCCAACCCUGAGAAAGUCAAUGCUAACCGACAAAUGACCCCCUCACAAACAAAAAGUGUACGGUAUCAAUUUGAGACUCCACCUCAUGUAUUCGAAGGAAACUCUUUUGCAUGUAGAGAAGGAGUUACUACCUCAACUCCGCUCAAAAUCAAUGAGAGCAUCAAUACCACAAACUCAACACUCUUGAGACUGCAAUUUGUUGAAAACUUGGUUCAUCAAAGAAUUCUGCGUUUACCAAUUCCAGACUGUGUGUCCAUUUUGCAAGAUUCGCCCCAAGAGGCUCGAUCAAAAUUUACUCAUGAACAAGCAAGAAUUGAAUACCAAAAGAGGAGCAAGAGUGCAUCUUCCCAAUAUAUGAGAAAAGAAGCUAUAUCAGCUCCAAUUGAUGUAAAUGCUGACGAUCAAAUUGCUGAAAUCACAGAUUUACUACCCAGCUCAACAGAGACCAAUUCCCAAAAGUUCGGGCUAGAGUCCAAGAACACCACGUCUUCUAAUAUUGAUCAUGCUCUGAUCUCUAGAAAUAAACAGAAAGAAGGAUCUCCGUUGAUAGUUAUUGGGGCUGACAAAUUAAACACGAGAGAAAGAUCGCGGAGCAAAGUGAAAAGCAGACAAAAAAGAACAAGGCACUCUUUGAGAUUUCUGCAAGCGAACGAGGCUACUCAAGUCGAUUUAUCAAGUUCUGUGCCUCUCACUCAAAACUGUAGUGAGGCUAAGAUGAAGCAAAUACCCAAAGCAGGACCUGUUCGUAUGCAAAUUAUUGGAAUAUCCGCAAAACUCCCUCAGAAUCCAACUAGAAGACAAAUUGCAAACUUCUAUCGAAAACUUAUGAAAAGAUGCGCUUCUGCGUCAGAUCCGAUCAACUUUUUUGCACCCAAACCAAAUGAGUGA